UAUCGGCUUAAUAACAAGUAAAAGUAGAAAAUGCAGAAGAGCUUCACUCUCAUACAGACGGUAGCCACCGCCGGCGUCUUCUCCGCCGUCUCCUUUUGGUACGGUUUCAUGUUCGGUAGAGAAUCAUCUCGCAAGGAGCUUGGUGAUUUGAUUGAUACCCUUCGCCGUCCCACUUCUGCUUCCACCGAACAUCUUCCUCCGGAAAAGCCCUAAUUUUGAAUGUCCGGCGAUGGGGAUAUAUCUAGUGAACUGGGAGCAUGGGGAUCCGUGAUAUGUUCGUGAAUGCUAGUUAGUUUCUGCUGCAAAGGUACUCAAGAGUUGCUUCAAAGCUUCAGCUAUAAUGAACAUUUCAAGCAUGCAUAUAUUAUGCUCCGUUUACUGUUGGCUAAGAAUUGUUAAAUGCAUAUUGUCAAACUAUGCUGAAUUUUGAUGCUAUUGUGAACUUGCAUUGGAAAAAGUGUUGAACAUAAACAGUGAUAUUAUUGAUUCACUCGUGCAAACUCUGCCACUAAAACUAGUUUCACACGUACAGGCAAUAUUCCUCUUUAUGUGAAGAUCCGUUGUCUUGUGAUAAGAUAAUUAAUUAUUAUUGAUU